GGAAGCAGAACCAGUGUUUUCAUUUCAGCAAAUUUCCACAUAUAACUGAGUUAUAUUCGCCAUGGUUCUGAACUGUGCUUAUCCCGGAUGCCUGAAUCUGUUCAAGAAAGAGAGGCUGCGCUCGAACUCCUCAUCGCACGGCGGAAAGCUGACCUUCCACCGCUUCCCGACGCUGGAGCCCGGGCGGCUGCUGCUGUGGCGGGCGGCGCUCGGGAUGGACCCGGACACACCCAUGAGGAGCCUGCGGGUCUGGAGGAUCUGCAGUGAACACUUCUCCCCGGAGGACUUCAGAGCCGUUAACGGGAAUAAAGUCCUGCUCAAAGCUUCAGCGGUGCCCAGGGUUUACUCCACACCGGCUCCGGGCAGUCGUGCUGAAUCUGCUCAAGCAAUGCAAGACUGUAAGGAAGAGGAGACUGAGUUACUAGUUUCAGAAGCCGAAGGUGUUUCAGAGUCCAGACCACAGUUACAUCACAGCUACACACUUCCAGCGGCACAGUCCAUGCAUGCGGAUGAACCAUCAAAGCGAGAAGAGCAUCCCGAGGGAAGACCUGACCUGAACAUCAUCAAACUCCCAUCAUGUUCACCGUCAGCAAAGGAUGGAGUUGGUUUCCCAUACACUUCCCGUCCUGCUGCACACACACACACCGCAGCAGCAGCGGGAUCAUCAGAGAAGCUUGUGCUGAAGGAAAGGCAGUGGAUUGUGAGCGAGUCGAGCGUGAUGGAUCUGUUCAGGAGAUGCCAGCAGUGCGGCGCUCUCAUCACUGACACCAGAACCGUGAUUUCCGGCUGCCUGCUGCGGGUGUACUGGGAAUGCGCUCAGAGACACAUCGGCCAGUGGAACUCCUGCUCCGGCAUACAGGCGCUACUGUCCAACCUGUGCCAGAAAGCGCUGGAGCCGCCCAGGCACAGCGCAGAGAUCAGACGAGGCGUGAGACGCUAACCCAAGCUUUCACCAUAGUUUUAAAUACACAUUUUCUGCUCCACCAUUUCAAGACAUAUGUACAGAUGAAAAGUCCAAAUCAUCAGCACACUGCCACUUUAACUCUCAAAACACUGAUUUAGUCGGACACCGACACGGUCUUCAUCAGGUGUAGAUGCGUGCGGCUGCAGCUGAGAGGAUCACAUGAGCUCUUCUGGUGCUCACAUUGGCUGACGUUCACUAAAGUCUCUCUUCAUUUGCAUAAAGCAGAUUUAAAUAAACACAUACCUUUCUAAAGCA